CAUAGCACAGCACACGCAAGACGGCUGCCUCAGGACACAAUCCCAUCACUCCCGGAAGUUUUCGCCAAAGUUGCCACUGGUCGCUGGGAUCCUACUACAGUGUCAUGUGCGCUAAAACCACGACUUUGCUUUACUAAUGCUUUCUGGAGCUGUCAAACGUGCGACGUGAAUUCCGAUGUGGCAUGCAGUUCGAAUGCAGGGCUGCGCCCUGAUGAAGUGGGUUUUGUGAUCGGACAGACACUAUGACACUGUUACUACCACACUGAUGGACAACAGCAAAAGCAGCGAGGAGGGUGAUGGCAGUGAGGAGGGGAGCUCCAGGGACCGUGGUGUGCUCCACCAGUGGAGGGGCUACUCCUGCAGCACGAGGCCAGAGAAGGUGCUCCUUUCCCGGCCGGUCCUGCAGGCAGCCCUGGGCUCCUGCCACGGCCUCCUGCUCACCCAGGGUGGGUUCGUGUACGCCUUUGGGGAGUUACCCUGGCGACCGGGGGCGGCGACCUGCGCGGAGCCGGUGCUGGAGGCGGGGCUGAGUGGGCGGGGCGUGGUCACCAUAGCGGCGGGAAGCUUCCACUGCGCGGCGGUGACGCGCGACGGCACCGUGCUCACCUGGGGCGACAACACGCACGGCCAGUGCGGCGUGGCGGGCCGGAGCCUGGUGGGCAGCCCUACACCAAUCACGCUGCUGGACGCCGAGGAGGCGUCGCCGCCGCGGCUGGUGCGGGCGAGCAGCGUGGCGUGCGGUGCCCAGCACACGUUGGCGCUCUCUGCCUCGCACGAGGUCUGGGCCUGGGGCAGCGGUGCACAGCUGGGACUCACUGUCUCCCCGGGCAACGCCCCCGUGUGCCGCCCGCACAAGGUGGAACACCUGGCUGGCAGGUAUGUGGUUCAGGUGGCGUGCGGAGGGUUCCACAGCUUGGCGCUGGUGCGCUCCCUCCCCUCCUCCUCCUCCUCCCCCUCCUCCUCCUCCUCCAGGGCCCUCUCGCUGGACAAGUGUGGCCGCUGCAGGCAGCUGCUCUACUCCAUGGAGGAGAAGGAGGACCACGUCAUCAUCUCCGACGACCACUACUGCCCCCUGGGGGUGGAGCUGAACGAGACACCCAAGAGCCAUGGGGGCCAGGCACAGAGGCAGAGGACAUCGCCACCACCACCACAGCAGCACCGGAGAGGGCAGGGGUCGGCAGGUGAAAGGUCAAAUGGGCUGGACGACAUAGGGGUCACUGGAGGAGGUUUGUCACCGUUGGAUACGAUGUUAUCGUCGGCGUCAUCGGCUGCAGAGGGCUCCAAGGGGCAGACGGGUUGUGAAGAGGAGAUCACAGAGGAAACAGGCUCGAGGUCUCCAGUAGACGCAGGAGGAGGAGCUGGGGGGGCGGCACCACUGAGGCCAGUCAGGAGAAGCAAGAGCUCCCAAUUCCCUGAUGAACACGACCUGAAGUCUGACCUGAAGGAGUACCUCAGGCGUCUGUCGAGCCAAGACCAGGACCAGGACCAGGAUCUAUUGGACCCGGCCCACGCAGGUGGACACACCUCCCCUGUCUUCUCAGCCAACGGAGACACGCCCCCCACCCCCACGCCCACCACACUGGCACCAGCACCUGUGUCCCAUUACGGCCCCCGCACACCACACCCAGGUGUCCACACACCUCUCCAGCGUACCUGCGGCCAUCCUCACCUGUCCCCCGCCCUCCCCCUCGAGGAGCACCUGGCCUCCAGCUGUGAUGACUGCUUCGAUGACUCAGGUGUGGAGCGGGGCAUGGAGGCCCUGGAGCUCUCGGGGCCCAGAGAGGGGGCGGUGCGCGGGCUGUGUGAGGGGGAAAGGGACCCUCUGACUGGGCUGCUGCUGGUGCGAGAGUUGUCCCCGGGCACCAAGAGCUGCAGCAUGAGCGACAUCCACCUGGAGGAGGUGGCCGGAGCUGGGCGGAGGAACUCCCUACCUGGGCUCAGCUGUCACGGCUCCCCCUCCCCCGCUGGGCCAAAGCUGGGCCACAGGCGUAUCGCGUCCGCCGGAGGCAGGAAGUGUCCAGCAACGGUCGCCACGGAAGCGGAGCCCCUGCUGCCGUCACUCUACACUGAGGUCUGGAGCUGGGGACGAGGACAGGAGGGACAACUUGGACAUGGGGACCGAUUACCCAGGCUGCAGCCUCUGUGUAUUAAGAGUCUGAGUAAGAGAGAGGUGGUGAAGGUGGAGGCCGGGGCGCACCACUCUCUAGCACUCACUGCACAGUGUCAGGUGUUUUCUUGGGGCAGUAACAAGGCAGGACAACUGGGCCACCUCAACUCUCUGAGCACAGCUCCACAACCCGUCAAGAUGUCGGAGGGUAUCCGCGUAUGGGAUGUUGGUGCGGGCCAGACACACACUCUGUUUCUAGCGGACGGUGACUGUCUUCAGCCCAUCCUGUACUACAGUGGGGAACAGGUCGACAGCAACGGACCCACGGGCACAUACACACAGACCCCAGUACUACUGCCAUUCUGCAUGAAUAUGGGCUUUGUGAGUGGUGUGUAUGCAGGUGGUCAGCUUUGCCAGGCGGUGUCGGAUCGGAACCUGAUGGGUUUCAUCUCCUCGCUGCACGAGCUGUGUGCGGCCGAGAGGAAGUUCUACUGCCGCCUCAGUGCCAUACGCAGCCAAGUACUGCGCCCUCUAAUGGCCCGGGAGAGCGUUAAGGCGGGCCUUGGGCAGUGCUUCCUGCUGCUGCAGACUCUGGCAGGAAGUUUCAGCCGUCUCUGCCACCUGAUUGGCCAGCACACCGUCUCCCUGAGCCGCUUCCUGCAAGGGGGGCGGGACGUACGGGGUCUCGUCAUGCUGAAACAAACAGGCAUCUUCCUGGACACCUAUAAAGAGUACAGCUGUUCAGUGGGGAAUUUCCUGGUGAUGGGUGGUUUCCAGUGCCUUCUCAAGCCUUUACAGGACUGCUUUGGGAAGAAGCUGGAUGUUCUUCAGCAGCUGUCUGAGCCAAGAGAGAAGGUCCCCUCGCCUGACUCCAGUCCUGCUUCCGGUUCUGGUUCCGGGUUGCUACAGUCUCUGCUUUACCUGCCUGUGAGGCACAUGCACCAGUACAGCAGACAACUGCUCAAGCUAGCCACUUGCUACCACGUGGAGUCUGAGGAGUAUCGUGUGUUGGACGAGGGCUGCUCCCGUUUUGAGGCGACUGCACUGGUGUUGCUAAGGCAACGUAAGGAGGCCGAGAGAACACUGCAGUUCUGGAACAGCAUACCAGCCAAGGCCACCGAUGCAUUGCGAGUGGCGGGCCGUCGGCUGGUGUGCGAGAGCGAUAAUAAGGCGCUCACGCUGCAGAAUGCCGGACGAUUCACCAUCAACCGAUUCAUACUCUUCAACGACGCCCUCGUACACACACAGGGAAACAUUCCAUCUAAGAAGUUUUUUUCAUCGUACCACAUCUUCCCCCUGGCCACCCUGUGGAUUGAGCCUGUGUCUGAGGAGGAGGAUGGCCUGUUCGGACUGAAGUUCACGACUCCUGAGGAGAGCUUCACAGCCCUGGCCUCCUCCCCUGCAGAAAAGGCCAGCUGGCUGCGUUCCAUAAACCAGGCAGUGGAGCGUCUCCUGGAGGCCGAGAUGGACGCCAAGGUCAAGGUCGCGACCUCCAGCCCCAAGGUCACGGGGUCGAGCGGGGGUCAGAGGGCGGAGCCCAGGAUGUCGCGCACGGCCACACACACCUUCAGCAGGGACGGACGUUACAAGGACGCCGCCUACGAAGGACGCUGGCUCUGCGGGAAACCUCACGGCAGAGGCACCAUGCGCUGGCCAGACGGGGCUGUCUACAUUGGAACCUUCAAGCAGGGACAGGAAGACGGGUUUGGGGACUAUGUGAUUCCCAAUAAGAACUCCCAUAAGACUGACCACUACCAGGGACACUGCAAGGACGGCAAGAUGCAUGGAUUUGGCACAUACUGGUAUGCCUCAGGGGAGGUCUAUGAGGGUCUCUUCUGGGAGAACCAGAGACAUGGCCACGGCAUGCUCAGCAGCGGCAAGAUGACAUCAUCCUCAUCCAGCGUUUUCAUUGGCCAAUGGGUUCACGACCGCAAAUCGGGAUACGGUGUCUUCGAUGACAUCACCAGGGGUGAGAAGUACAUGGGUCUUUGGGUGGAUGACCAGAAGCAGGGACACGGCGUGGUGGUCACUCAGUUUGGACUGUACUACGAAGGACACUUUAGUGGCAACAGGAUGACAGGCGUGGGUCUCCUGUUGUCAGAUGAUGACACAGCGUUUGAGGGAGACUUCUCAGAUGACUGGACGCUCUGCGGGAAGGGGGUGCUGUCUCUGCCCAACAGCGAUGUGAUGAAGGGGGUGUUUGAAGGGGAGUGGAGCGCCGGGCUGAAGAUAGCCGGGACCUACACCAAGCCCAUCCCUGAUUGGCCAGACAGGGACAAGGGUCAUCCUAGACCCUAUAAGCUGGGUGCCAUGGCGGUGCGUGCGGAUGAGAAGUGGACAGCGGUGUUUGAGGAGUGCUGGAGGAGACUGGGCUGUGACACGGCUGGACACGGAGACACCGCAAGGGCCUGGGAGAACAUAGCCAUCAGCCUCACACACAGGGACAGUCCGGAGCACCUGACGCGUUCUCAGCAUAUGACUCUGGAGAGGCUGGAGGUGAUUCCCCAGCUCAACGGCCCCCUCACUGCAGAGAGCUACGACAGCAUACGCAGAUACCUCAUCAAGGCGUGUGACGCCCCUCUCCACCCGCUGGGCUGGCUGCUGGAGACGCUGGUGACGGUGUAUCGCAUGACCUACGUAGGAGUGGGGUCACACAGACGCCUGCUGACUCACGCCGUGCAGGAGAUACAGUCCUUUAUCAGGAGGAUAUACCACAUCGUCAGGUUCCUGUUCCCAUCUCUGCCAGAGGAUGGCACGUUUGUCACAGAGUCCUGCCCUCAGGAGACACUCAGCAACUCCACAGACUCAGGCAUGCACCUAGAGGUGCCCGAACAGGGGUUCCUGGUGAGCUGCAGUUCUCUGCUGUUGCCCGUGCUGCUGCCUCGUCUCUACCCUCCUCUGUUCACACUCUACACUCUGGAGAGGGAGAGGGAGUCGGAGCUCUACUGGGAGUGUGUCUGCAGACUCAACAAGCAGCCCGAUACAGCACUACUGGCCUUCCUCGGAGUACACCAAAAAUUUUGGCCAAUCAGCGUCUCUGACUUGGGGGAUACAAAGGAGGUAUUGAGCAGUACUAAAGAUGCCUGUUACGCCACAGCCGUGGAGACACUUCAGCAGAUCAGCACCACGUUCACCCCUGGCGACAAGCUGCUGGUGAUCAGACACACGUUUGAGGAGAUGAACCAGGAGGCCAUGGCCCUGCUAGACCAGGACUUCAAAUGGUCCAUGGACGACCUCUUCCCACUCUUCCUAUACGUCGUACUGCGCGCACGCAUCAGGAACUUGGGUUCGGAGGUGAGUCUGGUGGAGGACCUGAUGGACCCUCAUCUGCAGCACGGGGAGGACGGCCUGAUGUUCACCACCCUCAAGGCCUGCUACAUUCAGAUCCAGCGGGAGAAGACCACAUAGGCCUCGACCUUGGAACAACCCCAGGAUAUGUCCGACAGUUGGCCUUCACCCCAUACGUGACCACCCUGAGAGAUGGCCUCAGUGACCCGAGAUAUGACCUUGAGAAAAUGCCUUGACCUCUGCCUUCACCUUGCUAUGAACACUUAGAUACGACCUCUAGAGGUGAUCUCCGCGAUUCCAGAUGUGACCUCUAUAGAUGACCUCUGCGAUUCCAAAUAGAUGACGCCCCCAUUGGCCUCAACAGAUGGAGGCAUCCUUAGAUACAAAGCCUGGGCAGGUCCAGACCAGCUCCAGUCAUACUGUAUGCAUUUCAGUGUACGAAGAGUUCACUUCACUUUACACACACACUCACACACUUUGUAUAUUAUACACUGAGAGCCUUGAGUGGGUGGACUCAUGAUAAAAGAGCUCCCUUCUAAAUACAUACAAUGGAAUGGGACCCCGUUUCGGGUCCCCCUUCUCCCUGGGCCCGGGCCAACUGUACCCCCCAAACACUCCCAUCAGAGAGACUGUGUAUAGAUCCUUUUCUUUGAGCUUGACUCUGAACUCCGUUUAGGCCUUCCUCCAUAUAGGCCUGUUUGCAUUUCACCUCAAUCUGCUAGCAGACAUGGUUUGAGGUGGCUAUUAGCAUGAAUCUUACGUUGCUUGUAUCAGUCUCUCAGAGUCUUAUAUUCGAGCUACCAACCCAACAGAAUUGCACUGCUGUGUGUGUGUGUGUGUGUGUGUGUGUGUGUG